CUCUCUGGGGACGUUCCAAACCCACCUGGACACGUUCCAGUGUAACCUGCUCCAGGUGACCCUGCCUUGGCAGGGGGGUAGGACUAAAUCAUCUGCAGAGGUCCCUUACAACACUAGCAGCUCUGGGAUCCUGUGUUGGCGCACCCACAGCUUCUCUGGGCAGCCCGUUCCAGUAGUGCUUCACCACCCUGUCAGUAAAGAAUUUUUUCCUAACAUCUAAUCCAAAUUAUCCUUUAUGCCACUGCGAUAAAGCCGGCUGGCGCCCCGGCUGUGCGAAGUGCUGCCCGUGCCCGGCUAAGGCAUCCCUGGCGCGGGCAAUGCCCACAGCGCCGUGCCGGGCUGCCUUACAGCGCACACACGGCCCAGGCUCCCACCGCGCCGUGCCCGCCCGGGCACGCCGUGCCCCGCGUUCUGCCUCGGCCCGGCUGCCGAGCUUCCCAACCGGGAGGUCGCUUCCCACCUUCCCGGCGGGUCACGGCCGCCGAGCCCCGCCAAGCUGCGACCGCGGGACGGCGCCCGAGGAGCUCCCUUUCACCACCGCGGCUGCCGCCGGUCUUCGCUCUGCAGACCCAGGCGCUGCCUUGGGGCAAUCAACCAUAUACCAUGAAUAAAACCAGGCACCAGUCUCUGUUCUUUGUCAGUCUCCCAGAGCUGCAAAAACUCUGUGCUGCUACAGUAACACUGAGUUCUCAGAUACCAGAAGCUGAGACGAGGAGUACACAGAUAAAAACUUGCAGACAGUUAUUAUUCCUGUAUCAAGAGAUCCUUUCUGCACCUAUUAUUGGAACACUGAAUCAAAUUUCAGUUGUAAUGGCGAUACCAUUUUACAACUCAGGAAUAUGUCAAGCCUAUGUAGAGAGACAAGGAGCUACUCUGGAAGGACCGCAAACAGUUACUCCAGCCAUCCUUCAAACCUGUCUCUCCUAUACGCUUACAGCCAGACUUGCACCCAAAUGGAACAAGGCUGGCCAUCUCUUCGUGCAAGGAAAAGACUUUCUGUCUCAUUCAGGAAGGCAAAAUGCUGUUGUUGUAGACCUCAAUGUGUCAGAGAGACAGCUUUGCAUCAGUGUGGAGGCUUGCUCUAUUCGUUUGCCACCCCCUGAGCUGGAAGAUUUCGAUAUUUCAGAAAACACUGUAAAGCUGUUUGACAGCAAUGAAAAUACAGUUAUUCACCAACAUUCCAUAUUAAGUAACUGGUGCUAUGUUUUGCCAAGCAUGAAAAUGGGUCAGAUCAUAAACAUCAGCCAUAUAAUUCCUCCAGAAUCUCCUUUCCGUUCAUAUAAAGAAUUUCAGGUGCACUGGAAGAGUUUGUAUGGAUAUAUUCUUCCUGAGGAUCUUGAAGAGACAAAAAUAUACCUGAGUGUUUACUUCAAACCAAUAGGGGAAAGGUUCUUCACGUAUCCUUUAAGUUGCGUUCGUAGUCAGCCAGUGCAGUAUUUCCCUAGAACAGAUGCAGAAAGUGUAGUGAACUCUUUUGUUUCUGACAUGAAGAGCAAUCUUUCACAACUAUGUGGAUUCCCAGUGAAGAUGACAAGUAAAGCACUUUAUGGUACACAAGAACUCUCCAGGGCUCUGGAAAUAAAAUCUAAGCAUAUGAAAUUGGAUGGUGAAAUGGUUUGUGUAGUAUCUCUAACGCAGACUCCUCCAAGGAAACCGACUUUGCCUAAAAUUCCUUCACCGUGCAGUACGGAAAACAGCCACUGGAUGGAGUGUUUGCUCAAAGAGCCAGGAACACGCAGUUUUUCGAGUAGCAGCGAGGGCGCAGGAGAGGUUCGCAGUGAAGCAACAGAGAAAUCAAUGAAUAAUAAGCAAGGAGUACUGGAGUUACCAGUUGCGAAAUCUUUAGGAAUAUCCGUAAACUCAGCCUUUGAACUCCCUCCUCCAAAAGUCAGCAAAAUUAUACCAAUUUUCAAAGGAAAGCUGAUGCAAAUGAACGGGAAGGCCACAAAUCAAAUGAAUAGGAAGAAAAGGGAAAAUGCUGAAAGGCCAAUAAAAGUUAUGGGUGUUUCAUCUUCUGUGCUGACUGUGCACAAGUCCAGCAUAACUCAGGUUUUCAAACAAGAUCAAAAUUUGUCAGUCAAAAAUCCUCCUGACAGCAGCAUAUUUCAGGUAAUGAAAACAAAAACACACAAAAAACAUGGUACACCCAUAUUUCGAUGGAAAACAGAGUCUGGUGGACAAAUUACUAAUUCUGAUUUUUCUGAAAACUCAACUUCAGGUGGGAAUUCAAGUGAAAUCAACCACAAAAAGACAAAUUCUUCUUUCUUUCUUAAGAAUGUUGGGCCAGUGCUUCAGAAAUCCAACACCAAUCUGAGUCUGAAUGCAUGUGAAUCUCCUAUUUCCAGUGCAAGAAGGGGGAAAAAGUUUGCAAGUCAAAAUACCCUGCAAGUUUUUCAGGAACAACUCCAGUCAGAGGACGUGCGCUCGCAGAUUUGUAAAUUAGGCAAUGAAAUUACAAAUUCCGGUUUAUCACUGCAACAAACAAAGAGAUCAAAUAAAGGAGUGGGGUUAAAUAUUCAUGAAUCUGUCUUCAAAGAUGUAGUUUGCAUUGCCAGUAGUGAAGAAAAUAAAGCAUCAUGCCAUUCUAAGGACUAUAUCACUAAGACAACCAGUCAUCAUUCCAAAGCUAAUUUUGAACAGAUGAUUACGGGGAACAAGUAUCUGACAUGUGAAACACUGACCUCAGAACUGACUUCAUCAGUCAAGGAGAGCAAUAUGGAAGAAUCUGUAAAGAAAGGUUGUGCCAGAAGAAGACAGGUUUCCAAGAGGACAUACUUGAGGAUCUUCGAGCUUUGUGUAUUUAGCUCUGUUUGUCGUUGGUACCUGUUUCUUCAUGAAAAACUGAGUGUUAAAUACAGUUAAGUGAAUCCUUGUAUCAGCAACUUCUCCAGACAGUUCAGGUUAAUAAGAUUCUAAUGAACUUAAAAAUUUAGCUAAAUUGUUUAGUUUUUGAAUCACAUUAUAUCUGCCCUAGUACCUGCUUACACAGUUAAUCAUUCUUUCAACUUAUUUUGAUGUUUCAAGUCUGGUUUGUAAAGAUAUAAUAUCUGAUUCUUUCCUAUAAUGUCUGGACCACUUUGUUUCAUCAGUAAAACAUUCCUAAAUAAGUUUUCCUUGUCAAGUCAAAUGCUUAGAAAAUAAAAAAUAAUUUUAUUCUUAGGGGAAUGAUCUGAAGGCCAGGUGUGAUUAAAGCUUCAUUAAUUCUUAUUGUAAUUUUUGACAAAUUUUCAGAAAUUAAACUGCUCUGUAAAAGACUUGUUUUAAGUUUAAUUGACAAGCUAUUCUUCAGGAGUUUAUGCAGAAUAUGUAGUUGCCCCUUGGUUAAUUUUAUCACCAUAAGUGUAUCUUCAAUGACCUACUCAAAGGUGCAGUUACAAAUAUAAACAUAUAUAUAUAUAUAUGGUUGUUGCCCCAUAAUCACUGAUUUAAAGUGAACCUUAUUACAUUUCCUGGAACAUAAGAAUUCAAUGUCACCCUAGCUCCUAAACUCAAGCAUUAUAGAACUGAAGUUUAACACUUGUUUUAGAUAUACAUUUGCAAAUCUUUUUUUCCUAAAGGAAUUGAUACAAUAGAACUUUAUGUGCUUUAUGGAAAUCUUUAAUGUUUAUAUUGCCAUAUCUGUAUUUUUAUUUGCAUCAUUUUUCAAAGCAGGAUUUUGCCCUACUACUGUGACAACUUUUGGGUUGUUUUGUUGUGGAGUUUUUUUGAAUGGUGACUGCUAACAUAGCUUAAAUUUCAUGGUGCAAGUGUUUAAAAGGAAGUGGGCACUUCAACAAUAUGUCAUUUUCUCAUACAUAACAUAAAAACAUACAAGCCAAGACAAAUAUCACAAAAUUUUGAGCAAUAUGCAAGAAAUCGAAUUAUAUUUACAUUCUAUCCGGAAAUUGGUAUAUAAAGCUAAUUUUCAAAUUCUGUGGAUUAGUUACUCUUUUAUAGAUUUAACCUUAUGUAAUUGAUCCUUUACUUGUCCUACAACAUGGUAAAGCCUGUAGAGCAGUUGCACUUCUACCAUGCUAUAUAAAUUAGUGCUUUACCUAAUCUGUUUCCUGUUGUUGCUGUUAAGAUGCUGCUGGUUGCCAACAUUUGCCUUGUAUUAUCACAGAAGUAAUUUUGCCCUAUUCUUGCAUUUUCAAGUGUUUACAUUGUUUUGUAUCUGUUAUAAUACUCAAAAUGGAGAAAAUUUAAUUAUUGCAGAUCCAAUGUUUUCCAUUUAAAAUAAACUAUUGAAUUACUCAUGUGUGCUAAAUUGCCAGCUACUUCCUAGUUUAAACCAUAGGGGAGAACCCUGCUAUUUCACCCACCCACCCACUCCUUGUAAACGCAUGGGAAGGUGUUGAUAGAGUAGAACUGUGCUGGGUGCAGGAGUGGUGCCGAUGGAAAUGACACCAAUGAGGAAGAAGGAUGAGUGCUGUGACUGCCUUGGGAGGAUUUGGGGAUGCUGAAGGGACCUUCACUUCUGCCCUACCCUUCACUGUUUAUAUGGAGGGGUUGUAAGAGCUCACCCCACUUUCUGGUUUUAAUCAGUUCUUACUAACUGGGCAGAAUAUCCUCACUUCUGGCAGGUAUAUGAACGUGCCAAAGGAACCCUCAACAACUAGGACCACCUGGAGCCCCCACAUGUGAUGUCUGCUGGCUUGAUUUCUCAAGAUUUAAGAAACAGACUCCUCCACCCACCCCAAAAUAUAUAAACGUACAUUAGGAAGAAGUGAAAAUGUAAAAGGUUAAAACAAUCCCCAGGUGUGAGAUGCUGGUAAAGAGAUCAACUGGCAGAACCUGCCCUUCGACAUCUGCUGGGUUUUACAGUGUUUUAUAGCUUUUCCACCAGUUUUCAAAUCGUCUGAUUCUGUGUCUAAGUCAAUUCAGAUUUACAUUCACAAGAGCUUUCUUUGGCCACUGUAUUGGAGGAUUUGUCAAG